AUGACAUCUUUGUCAGAGACUAGUACAUCUACAGCUACAACCUUCUUCCUUCAACCCUCAGCAUUGCCUGCAUCAGGUGGCGUUCGUAAACGCGCGUACGACAGCACGCUGGACUUGAUAUAUCUGGACCGGGUCACAGGACUGCAGUUUCUUGAUGCAUCCACAGCUGGAUCAUUGAAUCUCCGUCCACAGGCCUUUGUCCUUAGUGGGCAGAACCUCGUCACAUCCAGCCUUAGUCUGCGACUAAUAGUCAAUACUGAGUUACAGAUCUAUGGCGCCGCUGGCAUCCCGCUAUCUGACUUGUUUCAGUGGGAGUUCCACCCAGAUGUGAGAUCUGCAGAGAUCGCUUUCGUUGCUUCCGCGCCGGAAUACUCAAAUCUAGCCAACGUUUCAUUCUACGUGGAACCAAAUUGCACAAUAACGGACGGCCAACUUCUCGCAUGCGCAUUGUAUGAGCUCGGAUCAGAUGUUUCACAGAUGCAACUCCUGCCAAAUUCUCAAUCGAUGUUCAUUGGGGCACCGGGACUUGGUCGGCAGGCACAAGAGGUUCACAUUGUACCGACGCAGGACGUUGGGACUGCCGGGAACAUCACUUCUACUGAGACCAGCCGAGGCAGUGGCGACACUACAAGUUCGUCGACUGCAACAAUAUCUUCCAUCAGCUCAGUCACAACUCCCAGCAUUCCCCUGCCGACUCCGGAAGCACCUGGUGCAUUCUGGCUAUACGCUCCUAGCUAUGCGGGAGGCUAUUACGUCAAGCUAGCGAAUUACAGCGGGUAUCAAGUUCUUGUACUGUCCGAAACUCAGCAGGCAGCCCAGCAAUUUGUCCUGCAUGACACUCAGAACAGUUCACUGCUUACCGCGAGCAGUAAUCUCACGCUUAUGGUGCAAGGGUACCUCGGGAAUGAUGGGCCUGGAUGGCAAAUGUUGUUCUCACCUAGUACUCAGGCUGCUAAUGCGGCAGCUUUCAACCCAUCCAGGUCGAAUUACAUAGAGAGUGUGUGCUCGGUGUCAAGCGAUGGCCAGCUGAUCUGUUCAGCAGCCGUUCAAUCUCAGGCUCCUGUUUCAACUUCUGUGGUCUACGACGAUUCAAGCGAUGGAUAUGUGGUAUAUCUUGGACCAGGAGGCUCCCCAAACACUCAAACGCUCGAUCUGUACAUCGUGUAUGUUCCCGAGCCAGCAAACAGCAGCGCCGUCACCACAACGCCAUUCAGCCCAUCAUCAGACGCGAGCGCUACCGAAACUACCCUACAGACCAUGACCAUAACCACCAUUACCUCGACUGAGUAUAUUGCGUUAUAUGUGACCUUCGAUCAGACACUCUCAGGCGGGACUGUCAUUCCAACAUCUUCCCCAGCUGGUACUGAGACCAACACUUUAACCCGCACUUACACAAUCACAACCGUCACCUCAACUGAUACGGAUGUGGCUUACACGACUGGAACUUCGACAUUGUCCGGCGGAACCAUCAUAAUAACUUCUUCGCCAACUGCUACUGCGUUCAGGACUACUACGCAGACCUUGUACCUCACCCCUGUCACCUUCACAACGACUAUUUUCUACUACACGACUGCUCUGGGCUCAGACGGAACAUACUAUGUGCGGCCAACUUCUGAUGACGUUCAGACUGUGGUGCAGACCCUGACUGUCACCCCUGAGGCAAGCUCCGUAGCAACGACUGCAACGUCCACAGCUGGGUUGGUGUCAACGAUCAGCAGCACCGUCACCACCAUACCACUCAGCUCGUCGUCUGACGCGGACGCUGCUCCGACCACGACCGGCUAG